CGGGCAGGCGUGGCGCUACGUGUUCGAGUCCGGAGUCGUCAGCGAGAGGAGGCCUCGUCCCGACCCCGACCCUCCCGUGUCGAGCCGCGCUCGCUGCCGCGCUCUUCACGGUCUGACGGUCAUUGAUAGUCGUCUGCGAGCCGCGAGACGCGGUGAAACGUAGGCGUUGCGUGUGUCUCGUGGGCCGCCAGGGCCAAAAAUGGCGGAACGGACAAAGGUGACAGCCCCAGCCACCCGGCCCGUUCCCAUGAAGCUGUUUGCCACCUGGGAAGUGGAUCGCACCCCUCCGAAUUGCAUACCCAGGCUGUGUUCCUUGACGCUAACUCGAUUAGUGAUACUUCGAUCGCUCGGCUCGGACCUAGCGUCCAUUAGCAUUGCGGUCAAGAUGCAGAGCUCCAAAAGGACCUUGCGUUCCAACGAGAUGGCUAUACCGACCGGCGGCAUACUCGAUACGGAACUGGAAUUGCAAUUUGCACUUCAGUAUCCGCAUUUUCUCAAGAGAGACGGCAACAAACUUUUGAUAUUAUUGCAAAGGCGGAAGCGAUACAAAAAUCGCACGAUGCUGGGAUACAAGACUCUCGCGGAAGGAAUCAUUAACAUGGCACAAGUGCUGCAGAAACAAAUGGACGUCGAGUUGGAACUUAUAUCAGACAAGGUGGAAAAAUACGGUGGUCACUCUGUCCCACUGGCACGCGUGAACGUUGUCGCUCUGAGUUCCCAGCCGGUCGAUCAUGAUAAAAGACUGACGAACGAUCCCAACGAGAGGCUCUGUCCGGAAUUCAGUGACGAGGAGGAGGAGUUUAGCUCGGAGGGCGAGGCAGAGGGCAGCGACAGCGAGCCUACGUUGGAGGUGCACAGGCGGAAAAGUCGCGGAAAGAUUCCACCGAAUGCCAGGCAAAGAAAUUUAAAGCAGAAGUUUAUCGCUCUGCUAAAGCGAUUUAGGGUAUCUGAGGAGUUGGAGCACGAUCAAGAAGAAAUUGGGCAAAAACUUUCAGGCGGCCAUAUGGAGAUAGAAGAAUUGUUCGACGAAUUAGAAGAUUUAUCGGACAGCGGGCCAGAAUUGGAUACCAUGUCUGUUAGUAGUACACCGAAGCCAUCGCUAAGACCCUUUUUCAGCUCUAGUCGAUCUCUUCUCGCGCCACCUCACUCCGUAGUUACCAACGAGGAUACCGGACCUAUCUCAGCGACUACCACGUGUCAACAAUCCGCGAGUCAGCCGGCUAAAGAGAAACACCGUAUCGGACACACAACUCCGGAGCGUGGAGUGGACAGACAGAGCGAUGACAGUUCUCGAAGAGCCGACAGCGAUUCUCACCCUGAAAAUUGGACAGAUCACGAGGCGAACGAUCCACCGAAUUAUGUAGCGGGCUCCCCUCCAAAAUCAAUGGAACAGCCUAACAAAAGUGAAAGCUCCGAGAGAAGAAGUAGACUUUUUGCGCGUGAUAGAGGGACGCCUGGCAGCAAUAAAUCGAAGAAACACAGUCUCAGCGUUGAUCUAAAACCCUCGGCCGAUUUAAAUAAUACAGAGCCAAGAAAAGCUUUAGUCGAACAACUAGGUCGAGUAUUACCAGAUGAUAGUUUACCAGAGGCUGUGUCACUGAUAUCCAUAGCGGAUCCCGGCGGUGCUGUGCUCGCUGCAAAACUUCAAGAAAGGAACCAUAAGGUUCUGACGACUGCCUCUCCGGCUGACAUCCGUGCAACAUUCACGUGUUUGGUCACGCGAAUACAAAAAUUUUGCAACAGUUCCGCAAAACCACCGGCACCUAUAAAGGUGAUUAUUGCUGGCGGAGAUAGUUUUAUAAACACAGUUCUCCGUCAUUAUGUCGACUUGUUGAGCUUCAGACCGCCGGAUUGGCAAAACUACAUGAAAUUCUUAGUGGUGCCGCUCGGUUCGAAUACAUUAACGAGAUAUCUCGGUUCUAUCGACGCCAGGUAUUCGAAGCUAUUUGGAGACGAAUGGAAGGAGCUGUUAGAGAGAGAAGGUGGAAGCUCGAGCGAAUGCGCGGCACGAGUAUCGGAAUACUUGGCCACAGCAAAUACGGUUCUGCUGUUACCCAUUGCGGAAGCUAUGGUUACGUACAGGGAAACGGACGACAGUAGCCAAAUCUUUAUUCCCUUUAUAAAUGACGUUCGUGUGGGUUGUCCAGAGAGCAGUUCUUCCGCAUCUGUCGAUCUGGAAGAGAGUAACGUUAGUAUGUCCGGUUCCCCGCCUUCCCUACCUGCUCCCAGUUUGCCCGUUCCAACUCCCGGAAAGUUGACACCGCCCAGUAGUCCUAACGUGGGUCAACCAGCGAGGGAAGGAUGGGAACCAGUGGAGCUACAGCUGGAUUAUUGGAGUAAACAGACUCAAGGUGAAAAGGGAAAGAGUACAUUACGUCAAGCUUUCAGAGCGUUGCACGUGCAAAGACUUCCCUCAUUAGGCGAAGUUCCAGGACAUCACUUGUCUAUGAAUUUCACAACAAAAGAGAAAAAGCAAAAAAUAAUGAGGUUAGGUAAAAAGAAGGAAAAAGAGAAAGAAAACGAGCCGAAAAGUCAAUCGGUGGAUGGCGUGACGCGCCUAAUAUGUUCUGCAAAAACUCACAACAUUCCAUUAAGAGUGAGUAUUGACGGUACCGAAUGGUAUGGCGUAAAAUUCUUCCAAUUAUCGGCGCAAUGGCAAACGCACAUCAAGACGUUUCCAAUAGCAUUAUUGGAAUAUAAUCCGCAACAACAGACUUCGACUUCUACGUAAAUUUCUGUUAUUAUGAUGAAGGCUUCUAGCGACUUACGUAUUCUGCAUCGUCAUCGAUAACAAUAAUAUUUGACUCGUUUUAUACGCAAGCCCGAUAACCAUCAACUUCUUAAGACUGCCCAGUAAGAAUUAGAAUUUAGCAGAUGCUAUGAAUUCCCAUAUCUCGAAAUGCCCACUGCAUUCAUUCCAUUAUUUAGUAAUAGCGAAAAUAUUUGAAUGUUGGGAAUUUCUUGUAUUAAUAUAAAAAAAUAUACAGUUGCAUGUGAUAAGCAUAUGUUGUGUUCACAAACGAUUUAUGCAAUACAUGCCCAUAACAGACUUGGAAAAAUUAUGUUAUAAAAAUAUAAACCUAUAUACGUAACUUUUUUAUAGAGAUUUCUCGAUAACUAAUAAUAAUUUUAUCCCACCAACAUGAGAUUACAUAUAUUCAUUCGUGACAUAUCACAAUUAGAGCGAAAAUAUUUAUUUAUAUGGAGAUUUUGCUGGUUAUGGGAAUGCUGUUAUUGAAAUUGUGUUACUGAACUGUUUGCGACAUAUUUAUGGAGACACGUCACUGCUCUAAUUUAAUAAAUACUAAAAUAUCUUUAAAUACUGGAAUUGGGAUAUUAUUACACAUUUAAGUUUUAUUUGAUGAAAAUGUAGUUUUUAAAGUUUACAUCUUUUAUAAUCCAAACCUUGUUAUUUAAAAAUAUUUUAGUAUUGCAUUAAAAAAGUGAUGUGUGUAAUGAAGCACUAUCAAUUAUAAUAUUUUUAUCGUCCUUGAAUGGAGAACAAUUCCAUUGCAAAAUUGAUAUGUUACUAUUUUUUCAUUAAAUUAUGUACAUAUGUAUGUACGUAUAACAUAUGUAUGAAUCAUGUAAUAAUGUAAUUUCUGUUACAAUCUUUGAUUAAUACUACAAUAUUUUUAGCUUAUAAAAAAUUGUUUUUGAUGAAACAUCUAAUACAAAUCAAUAUAUAUGUCUGUAGAUUUUGUGAUAUCAUUUUUCAGAAAUAGCUUAAAUGUCAUGAAUAAUAUAUCUUUCUAACUAUUAUUAUUUAUCUAUUCUGUUAAACCGUCAAGAAUUUUUUUCAGUAUUUUGAAUA